CAUAUUGUAGGGCCUCAGGGGUGAUACUGAGGAAUCAGGUGACUAUUCUAUUCAAGCAUAACGAGAUGAAGUUGAUUUCUUAUGUUGUAUUUCUCCUAACCCUUUCUGUUGCUUUUGGGAUCAACUGCUACAAAUGUGGAAGCUACAGAAGUCAGGACGAUUGCAACAACAACAGGAAGGAAACAGAAUGUUCGCCAAACAAUUACUGCGCCAUUCAGACCGAAGAGUACAAGUCUGUCAGCGGUUAUGAAUACAAUUAUUACCAGAGAGAUUGUACUUUUCAUUUGCAUUGUAAUGGUUCAGGCAUCUCCAAGCUGAAAGCGUGCAUGGAGGCCAAAGGGACGGAGUGCUCGUUCAAAUGCUGUUUUACGGAUCUUUGCAACGGCAGUAAGGUAGUUUUAAUGAUCAGCACCUUCCUGAUGUUGACAUGCGUAUUCAUUGGCCUCAUCCAUUGAGUGGCUAGAUUGAAGAUUUCAGCGUCCUGUAGCAUGUCUUGUGACAAUGUAAGCU